UCUGGGGGAGCGGUUGGGAGCCGUCGGGGGCGGGGAGAGGUAAGGGCUGGGCCUCCCUCUCCUGGCUGGCCGGACUGGGGGUGUCCCUGUGAGGUGAAGGUGCGACGUCCGUGAGGAGAAGGGAAAGAGGAGGGGCCAACGGUCGAGAGGACCCUAGGCCCGAGGGCCUGCUGGGUGAGAGUUCGAGAAAGGAGAGAGUUACCGCAAGUGUGGAGGCAGGCGGGCGAGCGCGUAGCGGGGAUGGAGGGGAAGAUCAUCUCCUGUGAACCUCUUGGCCCGGAAAGGCCACUUCUUCAUUUAUAUUACAAACGAGGCUCCAAUUUAGGGCCGUAAGGGUCUGUAACGACGGAAAAAGCCGAGGGGUGGGGUGGCGUUACAAUCCGCUUGCCAGGCAGCAGAGCCUUGCUCUGACUUAGUAGGGUGUUUGGGUAGUGGUGAGGAACACGGCUUCGUUACACAGAGUUGAUGGAUUUAACAGAUACCGAGCCAGACACUGCCCAGGCCCGAAGGCGUGCUUCUUCGCAUUCCAGUGGAGAGGGCAGUCAGCAGAAGGGUAAAAUGCCACCGGAGUGACGUUGGGGGUGUGGGAGCAGGCAGGGACACCAGGGAAGGCAUCUAUCUCUGAGGGGUUCAGAGCCAGGCCCAUAGGAGGUGAGAAAAGAGUAACCUGGUCCCAGAGGGAGGGAGGGAGGAAGCUGAGAGGAGAGGGGAGUCGAGGUGGUGCUGGUGAUGAUGAUUGUGUAGUAUGGAUCUUUUAAACUCUGCUUUCCUGGCCACAGGGGAGAGGGGAGCAGUCAAAAAUGAGCCACUGCCUCAUUUUUUAACAGCUAAUUCCUGGCGGUGCCAUGGUUAAAGCACUCUGCCACUAACCGAAAGAUACAGUUUGAACCUGCCAGCUGCUUUGGGGGUAAAGGAUGUGACAAUCAGCUUUCCUGCCUUAGAGGGUUGCUUAGAGUUGGAAUUGAGUCCAUAGCAGUGGGUUUUACUGAGAUAAUAUUUACAUACCAGGAAUUACCCAUUAAAAGUGUACAGAUAGUGGUUUUUAGUAUAUUCACAGAGUUGUGCAACCAUCACGACAGUGCAUUUCACCGUAGCCCUUAUCCAGGGAGAGGCCUCUAUCUUACCUGGUGUACCCUGGUAGCAGAAACGUCCCAAGCAGAGGGCUUUAACAAAGAGAGAUUUGUUCUCACAGUUGAGGAGGCUAGAAGUACAAUUUCCGAGCACCAGUUCUGGGGAAGGUCAUUUCUCUGGGCCCUAGUUCUAAGAGGCUACCUGCAAGGACUGUGCAUCCAAGGGGUGCUCCACUGCCAACUCUCCUUUCUUGGUCUCUGCAAUCUCCCCUUGUUUGUUUAAUUUCUUUAAUGUCUCAAAACUGGUUGACUCAUCAUUGUACUGUGCUGCCCCGAUUAACAACCAAUUCUAUCUCAUUAGUUUCUUAGAGGUUCGGAUUUCCAACACGGGAUAAUUGUACCCCUUCACAAAAAUCAAGGUUCACAAAGAGAAGGUGUCUGCCAAGCAGGCAGCGGGCAACAUGGGGGAGCCAUGGGCCAUCCUGGACCGCUCCCCUGCCACCCUGGAGUUCUCCCGCCUGCACUUCCGGAAGUUUGUUUACCAGGAGACCGAGGGCCCCCAAGAGGCUGUGGCCCGACUACGGGAGCUGUGCCACCAGUGGCUGCGGCCCGAGGUGCAUUCCAAGGAGCAGAUGCUGGAGCUGCUGGUGCUGGAGCAGUUCCUGGACAUCCUGCCCAAGGAGGUCCGGGCCUGGGUGGUGGCUCACCAUCCUGAGAGCUGCCAUGAGGCGGCCUACCUAGUGGAGGGCCUGACUGAGGGCCUCGGGGAGCCAGUGGAGGCUGCCACCCCUAGGGCAGAGCGUGCUUUAGAAGGGCACGAGCAAAGGUGUUCUGGAAGAACUGGCAUCGGUGGAGAGUGGCUUGCCCAAGAGAACUCAAUUCCCGCAGGUCUAAGAGGUGGGCCACCGAGUGCCAUCCAAGACCCAGAACCCAGGGAGACUUGGGCACGCCCUGAGGCCCAACAGCCCUUGUUGGACAGUGUACAUUUGGAUCAGGGUAGACUCCAUGAGGAGACACCUGAAGAGGCUAGACCUGCCGCAGCUGAGCCACAGGAGCCCAGGCUGUUACCUGAACUAUCUCUGCACUCAAGGGACUGGAGCCUGCUGGACCCCGUAGAGGAGAACCUGAGGACCUACCAGAAGCUGCUGCUGUGCGAGUUUCAGCUUGCCCAGCCUGAUGGGGUCUCCAGGUCGGAAACAGAAGAACUUCAGUUGGUGGAGGGAGCAACAGCUGGAGCCAGUCCUUCAGGCACCAAGUGGGAGGAGGAAGAAGAGCCACAGAAGGUGCUGGAUGUCCAAGAGGGGCAGUCACGCCCCGUCGUCAUAGUCCACAGGCAGUCGGUCAUCCAGAAGCCAGUGCAGGGCAGGGGCAGAGCUGGGGAGCUGGGCAGAGCUAUGGCUGCAGACCCAGCCAGCCCACCCAUAGGACUGGGAAGAAAGCGGCCCCGCCCUGAGAAUCUAGGUCAGCAGACCCCCAACUAUGGCUCCAGAAUGAAUCAGCAGCAGCCAUGCCUUGUGAGGGAGAAGCCUGCUGCAGCUGGCAAUGGGACUCGGUCCCGGGGUGGGCAGGCCUGGGGUACGUCCACCUGGGGCUCCCCUGGGACUUCAGAGCCCGAGGGGGCCCAAGGGAAGCCCUACGUGUGCAGUGAGUGUGGGGAGGCCUUUGCGUGGAUCUCAUACUUUUUCGAGCACCACAGGAGACACACUGGCAGGCAGCGCUACGCAUGCCAAGGCUGCUGGAAGACCUUCCGCUUCAGUAUGGCGCUGGCUGAGCACCGGAAGACCCACGAGAAGGAGAAAGCCUUCAUGCUGCGGAGGGCCCUGACCACCCAACGGGCCACACACGGAGCCCAAGCUGCUGGAAGGUCUGGCAGGCUCCUGGAGGGCCUGCAGGGGGACACCGUCCCCUGUGCCAUCUGAGACAUGGAGAGCAAGCACCGUGGGUAAGAGCACUCUGCUGUAUGUCCCCUCAAGAAGGGUGCCUUCUCCUGGCUGGACAUCCUGAAUUGAAUGCUGUGGGGCUCCUUUGAAAUUUGUUUUUGGUUUCCUGUGGUGCGGGUGUGCGUGGAAAGCUGCUUAGUUUCUGAAGCACUUCCCCUGCCUGGCCCCCCCGAAGCCCCAGGCCUAGGCCUGAAGCAGAUGCUGUUGUCCUCAGUGGGAGCCUCCAGUUGUGAAAUGACCACAUUUGCUUCUGCAGCCGUUUUAGUGCCACCCAUGCAUUGGAACACUUGAUAUUGUGCAAAGCAUAGAGUUGCCUUCAGUUGUGUGUGCUCUGUCAUUUGUUCGUUCUUGACGCUAACUUUCCCUCGUUUCCUCCUGUUUGAGCUCCUCAGGGUCGCUGUUCAGGAAGCAAUCUUGCCAACUCUUUUGGCCUUGCCAUAGCUAUAGUGUGUCAAAUUGACUUCUGAAUCCUGAAACGCAGCAGCUGUUUCUUAUUUAAUUCGUUUGUCUUAAGCUGUGUGGAAUGGUUUAUAGAGAUCCUAAAAACACCAGAGCCUGGUAAGGCAGGGUUUUCAAACUGUGUCUCUCGGCCUGUUAGUGAACCGUGAAGUCAGCUUAGCAUUUCAAAGCAGUGAACGAGGACACAUCAGAAUGUAUAUUACACUGUCAACACAAGUAUUUUGUGAAACUUUCUGGCCAAAAAUCUAAAUAUGGGAACUGAAUUGCAAUAAAAAAUGCAUAUCUCACUGGAGGUUAUAAUCAAAAGUCUGAAACCACUAAUAAAGGUUGAGGAGCAGGAGCUAUUUCUGCAAGGACACAGGAAAGCAAAACUUCUGAGUUACAUAUUGUGAUUGUUUGACUUCUGCAUGUAAUCUCAGAUUACAGCACUGUUUCCAUUCUAUGUGAGUGUAAAGUUAAUUGCUCUUUAGACACAGAAGCUAGUGCCUCUUUUUGUCACUGUGUUUGAGUAAUUGAUCUCAGACAGUAAUAAAAGACAUAAUAAAGGAUGAGUUCCUCACUCUCA